CCAGCAUUUCAAAAUGGCGGCUGAACCUGCUUCAAUCUGUUUGGAAACGUCAAUGGGUGAAAUUGUGUGUGAACUAUACUGGAAACAUGCUCCUAAGACGUGUAGAAAUUUUACAGAAUUGGCACAAAGAGGAUAUUACAAUAACUGCAAGUUUCACAGAAUCAUAAAGGAUUUUAUGAUUCAAACUGGAGAUCCCACGGGAACUGGUCGAGGAGGAGCAUCUAUUUAUGGACCUGCAUUUGAAGAUGAAAUUACAAGAGACUUAAAACAUACUGGAGCUGGAAUCCUUUCAAUGGCAAAUAGCGGUCCAAACACAAAUGGCAGCCAGUUCUUUGUUACACUGGCUCCAACACAGUGGCUUGAUGGUAAACAUACAAUAUUUGGUCGCAUCAGCGAUGGAAUGGUUGUGGUGAAAAGAAUAGGACUUGUUGAAACAGACCCUGGUGACAGGCCGCUCCAUGACGUGUACAUAUUGAAUGGGAGAACAGUGUCAAAACCUGCAGAAGAUAUCUCAGCAAGAAUUCAACUAGUUAAUCACUGAUCACAUUCAUCAGCUUAGGAUACCCCAUCUGUCAGGCUGUUAGUAUAUAUGUUGCUCAUCCAAGGAUCUCACAUCAUCACUUUUACGGCUUUACUUUUUUUGACUUAUAUAUGACCAUGUAUGGCUGGCAUUUUAGACUGAACAUAAACUCUUAUAACUUCCAAUCUCAACAAAACUAAAGAAUCCUUGACCAUCAGAUUGUUGGAAAACAUUUUCUCAACCCAAAGUGCUAGCACCGUUUAUAUACACUGACUCAUCUUAGAUAAUUUAUACAUGCAAGAAUUGUAAUUUUUAUUUCAUAUAUAGAAUAAAGCUAUUUUUCACAUGUAACCGUAGUUGCACAAGGCUCUAGUGUGUGGUUGAUUUCUUAUUCAGGAGGGGAGGUCUGUGUAAUAUUGUAGUAAUUGUAGUAAUUUUAGUGGCAGUUUCUCUCCUUUCUGUGAAAGUCAUGCUGAGGUAAGCUACUGAAAUACAGUGCCUGUCCACUCAAAUCAUCUAUCAACAGAUAAUUUAUUAUAACAAGUGUUGUCACUGACUUGUUUUUGCUGCUCUAUCUCACAUGUGUGACCCAAAGGUGACCCUGCUCAUGGGCCAAACUCUCAUUGACUCUUUUCGUUUGAUCCCCCACUGACAACACUGACCACAAUUAGGAUGAAUUGUCCUUGAACAAAAGCGAAUUACAACAACAAAUUGAGGACUAGGAUUGUACAAAUAGGACCCAGGCACCUUGUUAUGGGUUUAAUAAAGCAGCUCAGUCCAAUUGCAAACAUAUCUUUUUGAUGUUAAUCAUGACCAUGACAAAAUUGUUGAAUAUGAUUGGUUGUUAGUAGGCACUAUUUGAGCAUUAGUUGGACAGUUUAAGUGUUAUUCAUGAUACACGUUGUUGGUGUAUGUUCAUGUUCACUGUCUUCAAGUUGAUCUUGAAUGUGGUCCUUUCAUGGAUCUCCAAGACAAUUUGACUGUCUACUUUUAUUCCCCAAGAAGCUAAACUUUUGUUCAGCUUUUUGGCAUUUUCUUCUUGGAUUGUCUUAUGGUUAUGGUUUAUUUGUAGCUGGACUUUGUGUUGUCCAGUUGUCUGUCAUCAUGUUUGUGUUAAAAGAGAUUAAUAUUGGACUCCAACUUCACAAUUGAUGCAUUUUGUGGUCAUCAUUUGAUUACAGAAUUGAUUGUAUCUAUAACAAAUUUCUUGUUCGUGAUUGGUUCUCUGCACGCCUAUUUGUCACAUAAUUGGUGCGCAAUCACGUGGUUGUCCAAUUACAGGUAUCCAGUUUGAACUUUUCGUAAUUGGAUACCUUUAAUUGAAUACCCACAUGAUUCAGACAUCAAUUAGGUACACUUUAAUGGCUUCCUUCGCACUGCUUCCUACGCUUUUUAAAACUUAUGAAAAGCAUUACAGAUU